CUCUGCCCCCACUUCCUGACCCUGCCGGCCCUCGCGGCCUCGCCUGACGACCCCCCAAUGGACUCUCCCGGCCGGCCCCGCCGCUCUCCGCCCGCCGACCGUUUCCUCGGCCUAUUCUCCUCUCCGUCCCACUCCCUCCCCGCUUCCUCGCCCUCCGCCGGGGACGAGCUCGUCGAAGGCGACUUCCUCUUCCCCGCGCCACCCUCCUCCUCGGACCCGCCGCCCGAUGCCUCCAAGAAUCCGGGCCGCGUCCAGGGCGGCCACCUCGGCCUGCUCGCCGCGCUCCACGAAAGCGACAGGAAGGUACGUGGGCGUGGCGGAGCUGCUGCUGUGGCCGCGUCCACGGCCACGGCCACGGCUGGAACCUCCGGGACGCUGCUCCGCCGCAAGGCGACCAUCGCCGCAGCCGCAGCCGCGGCCUCGGCUUCCUCAGUGACGCCUUCAGUGUCCCCUACGUCCGCGUCGCGUGCCAUACCGGUGGCACCGAGGCCAAGGGACCCUGAGCUGCCGGCCGCGGCGCCGUACCACCAGUCGGCUCCCGUCCUAGUUCCCGUCCCUCCACCCUGGAGCCGCGGGCGCAAAUGGGAUAAAGUCGCCGCCGGUCCUGGCGAAGGGGACGACGACGACGAGGAGCUCUUUCAUGGGGACGCCGCCAUGCUACCCCCGCACGAGAUGGUGGCGCGCGCUUCCGCAGGCGGCGGAUACGGUGAGCCAGGGAAACCGUCCUCGAUGUUGGAGGGCGUCGGCCGCACGCUCAAGGGUCGCGACCUCCACCGCGUGCGUGACGCCGUGCUGCGGCAGACUGGCUUUCUUGACUGAAUCCGGCAAAGGUGGUAUAAUAUGUUUUGUCCUGCAUGAUCUAGUAGGAAAGGUGAAACAAGAAAUUAUGGUUAGCUUGUGAUCCAAACUGCUCGCAGUUUUGGUGUUCUUGGAGAUAUGCGAGAUCAUAUCUUGCCGUAUCUUAAUAAUCGAUGAGUAGUGAGGAUUAGUGUUUGGGGCCAUGGAUCUCUCUCUUUCUCUCUGCAGCUAAGGAGAGAACAAAACUUGAGAGGAUGUUUGGUGAUUUUUGUCAGUCCAAAUGUCCAAACCAAUGCGUUGUUUGCUGUAUCAGAAUUUUGCUUUGUGAAAUCUUGAGUUAAAAUAAUCUUGAAGAUUUGGAUACUCUGCUACGUACUCUUUUUCUUUUUUUGUUCUAGCAAGGUGCAUGGGCUGUAAUUGGCAAAUAUUAUGCUCACCGGUUGGAAGAGAUAGUGCAAAUUAU